GUUAUAUUAAUAUACCCACUAUCCUCCUUCCCACGUCGCAGAGAGAUUUGGGUCCAAGCGGUCGAUUGAUAUACUAUAAGACGACUGCUUGAAUCUUCUGCCCUUUACUGUUUCUUUGUCUGCAAAAAUUCCUUAAUAGAUUCAAAUAAUGGCUGAGACCCAAGAUAUGGACGGGUCCGCUAAGACGACGACAAGGAGUGCAUCCAAUAAACUCCGAAAUUCAAUGUCAAAGAGAGGUAGGAGGAGCAGUAAAGUAAUGUCUAUUGAAAUUGAUGAUGAGCGAAGUCCGGAGGAGUUGCAGUCGGUUGAUGCCUUGCGUCAGACACUUAUAUCGGAGAACAAGCUACCUGCAAGACAUGAUGAUUAUCAUACAUUGCUCAGGUUCUUGAAGGCUAGAAGAUUUGACAUGGAGAAAACAAAGGAAAUGUGGACUAAUAUGCUCCAAUGGAGGCAGGAAUUUGGUACCGACACAAUUAUUGAGGACUUUGACUUCAAGGAGCACUCAGAAGUGUUGAAAUAUUAUCCCCAAGGGUACCAUGGGGUAGAUAAGGAUGGACGACCAGUUUAUAUAGAAAGACUAGGUAUGGUAGAUGCUGGCAAGCUCAUGCAAGUCACUACAAUGGACCGCUAUCUCAAAUACCAUGUAAGGGAGUUUGAGAAGACCUUCCAAAUGAAGUUUCCAGCUUGCUCAAUUGCAGUCAAGAAGCAUAUUGAUCAAAGCACAACCAUCUUGGAUGUGAAUGGAGUGGGUCUUAAGAGCUUCACUAAAGCUGCAAGGGACCUUGUAGGUAGUCUUCAGAAGAUUGACGGUGAUAAUUAUCCUGAGACUUUAAACCGCAUGUUCAUCAUCAAUGCCGGUUCUGGAUUUAGAAUGUUGUGGAACUCUGUCAAGUCUUUCCUUGAUCCUAAGACCACAGCCAAGAUCAAUGUUCUUGGUAACAAAUUUCAGAAAAAUUUACUUGAAAUAAUUGAUGAAAGUGAAUUACCCGAUUUUUUGGGAGGCACUUGCACUUGUGCUGAACAUGGUGGUUGCAUGGUUUCCGACAAGGGUCCAUGGAAGAACCCAGAGAUCAUAAAGAUUGUUCAAAGUGGUGCACAUAAAGGCUCAAAGCAAUCUCAGGCUGAAAGCACUGAAGAGAAAACGGCUUCAGAGGACAAAACUGUGCCCACGGAGACUACACCGGCUAGUGAUUCCUUGGGUGCUGAGCCAGUUCCAGAUGCAGCAGAUAAACCAUCAAAUAAUCAAAUUGAGCAUUUGGAACCCGCCCCUGUACUGGAUAUUGUCCCAAAGACCUCAAUGGAAAUUGUUCCAGUGGUUAAAGAACCUAUGGAUUUGGCUUUGCAGAAAAGAGAGCAAAAUGAAAAUUUUGCUCCUCUACCAAAAGGUGCUAAGGUUUAUUGUGGAAUUGCAGAUUCUUUUACCAAGAAAGAAAGUUGCAAGAAACCUGAUGUAAUUAGCUCUCCUCUGUUCAAUGGUUUGAUGACCUUUGUUAUGGGAGUUGCCACCAUGGUAAAAGUGACACGCAACAUGCCGAUAAAGGCCAGUGAUGUCAGGCCUGCACUUCCGGCUCCCUCAACGGUUAAGAUUGAGGAAAUACCACCCCAACCAAGCAUCACUCCUAAUGAGUUGAAGUCGGUCAUGAAACGUAUGGCUGAGUUGGAAGCGAGACUAGCUGCUAUCAACAUGCAAUCUACAACAAUGCCCCCUGAGAAGGAAGAAAUGUUGAAUUCUGCUCUAAGCCGGGCUGAUGCCUUGGAACAAGAGCUUAUGGCAACCAAGAAGGCUCUAGAGGACUCAUUUGCUCAGCAGAAGGAGCUCGCGGAAUAUAUUGAAAAAAGGAAGAAGAAGAAGAGGACUUUAUUGUUUUGGUGAAGGAUGAGACGCCUAAGCUGACAGACGCCGAGGAAAUAGGCGGUGGAACAAUUUGUUUCUUAACAAGGCCAAGCCACCCCACACCCUUCAAAUGCACUCUGGACGUCUAGCAAUGCUCUCAUAAGAUGCCAAUCUAUAGUUUUGACUGGAUCAUUAAAUUGGCCUGCAAGGACCAAUGUACAUAUAUAUUAUACCUGUCCCCCUGCAUGAGUCCGACCUUCUUCUAUUUUUUUUUAUCUUACUGGUUUAGAAACCAGGGCUUAGGAGGCAAGGAAAUGAAACUUCCCUAGAAACAUGCUGGGGAAUUUAAUUAUUAUCGGUGUUAAUCUAAAUACAAUUCUUU